UUCAAAACCUCACAUUGCAAGUUGUGAUAAGAUGGGAGUGCUCCGCGCAGUGGGCUGGACCAUCGGCGUCAUAGCGACGGUGGCGUCGCUCGUCGUCAUCGGCUACAUGGCGGCGGAGCAGCGAAUGGAUGCUAUCCGCAAGUACGGCAUGGUUAUCCAUGAGUUCGAUCCGUGGUUCAACUUCCGCGCUGCGGUCUACUUGGCCGACAACGGGUAUGAGCGCUUCUUCAAGUGGUACGACUACAUGUCAUGGUACCCUCUCGGUCGACCUGUCGGCACGACGAUCUACCCUGGUAUGCAGAUUGUGUCGGUGACGGCAUGGGAGCUCCUCAACAAGGCAGGCAUCUCGAUCUCGCUCAACGACGUGUGUUGCCUUACUCCCGUGUGGGGUGGUGUCUUUGCCACGUUGACGUUGUCUGCGUUGACGUACGUCUGCACUGGUCGCGUCACUGCGGCGCUUGUCAGCGGUUGGGUCAUGUCGAUUAUCCCUGCGCACUUGAUGCGGUCCGUGGGUGGCGGAUACGACAACGAAUCCGUGGCCGUGUCGUGCCUCUUGCUGACAUUUUUGUUCUGGUGCGUCUCGUUGAAGUCUUCCGACGACUCGAAGGCGACGUAUGUCGGAGUCUUGACGGGCCUGGCAUACAUCGCGAUGGCCGCGACGUGGGGCGGGUACAUUUACGUCCUCAACAUGAUUGGCCUGCACGCGUUUGUGCUGGUGCUUCUCGGUCGCUACUCCAACAAGCUCUACUGGGCUUACUCGAUCUGGUACAUUAUCGGCACGAUCGGGGCCAUGCAAGUACCCGUCAUUGGCAAGGCGCCGCUGCGCUCGCUUGAACAACUUGCCCCUCUCCUCGUAUUCUUCGGUUUGCAGGGACUCAAGAUCUGCCACCACCCCGUCUUCCUCAAGAAGGUGUUCAACAUCGACGCCGCCAAAGCCACUCGCGCCAACAUGUUCCUCGUGUACAGCGUCGUCGCUGGUGUUGGCCUUGCCAUUCUCGCUGUUGUCGUCCAAAUGUUGUGGCCCACGGGGUACUUCGGCCCGCUCUCUUCUCGCAUCCGUGGUCUCUUUGUCCAACACACCCGUACCGGCAACCCCCUCGUGGACUCUGUUGCCGAGCAUCAACCCGUCAAGAACGACGCGUUUUGGCAAUUUUUGCACGCCACUUGCUACACGGCACCUGUGGGUCUGGCCAUCGUGGUCGGCCAGAGUGUGUUGAAGCCAUGGAUCUCUGGCAAGGAUGCCCGGUCGGAUCCGCUCACGUUCGUAGUUGUGUACUCUGCCGUGACUUAUUUCUUCUCGACCAAGAUGAACCGACUCAUGUUGCUCAUGGCCGGCCCUGCCUCUAUCGCGACCGGCGUCGUCGGCGGAUAUGCCCUGGACUUUGUCUUUGCAGAAACGGCAGACCUCGUGCAAGCGAUAGUCGGUGACGACGGCACGCCCGUCGACGUUGCGGCGGAAGCAAAGAAGGACGAUGACAAGAAGGCCAAGAAGAAGGCCAAGGCGAAGGAAGCUGCGGUCGACUCGCCGUCCACAAUGUCCAAAUCGUACAACUCUGGCACGGUCAAGCUUCUUCGCAAAGUUGCCGCGACUGUGUUGGUGGCGGUCUCGUAUCAGUACGUCGUGCAGUUUUACCAGUACACGCAAAUGAUGAAGGCGCCGCUCUCUGGGCCAUCCAUCACGUUUGAAGCUCAAUUGCGCUCGGGUGAAAAGAUUAUCGUGGACGACUACCGCGAAGGCUACCACUGGCUCAGGGAUAACACGCCCCAAGACGCCCGUGUCAUGGCAUGGUGGGACUAUGGCUACCAAAUCACGGGCAUCGGCAACCGCACGACGAUCGCCGAUGGAAACACGUGGAACCACGAACACAUUGCGCUCUUGGCGCGGUGCUUGACGUCGCCGGAGAAGCGCGCACACAACCUCAUCAAGCACCUUGCCGACUACGUCCUCAUCUGGGCCGGUGGCGGAGGUGACGAUUUGGCCAAGUCUCCUCAUUUGGCUCGCAUUGGGAACAGUGUAUUUGAGGACAUUUGCCCGGGCGACCCAGUGUGCUCGAAUUUUGGGUUUUACUCGCAAAACAACCCGACUCCCAUGAUGAAGAAGAGUCUGCUCUAUCGGCUGCACCAACACGGCAUCAACCCCCAAGUGAACGUCGACCCGAACCGGUUCCGCAUGGUGUUCCAGUCGAAGUACGGCCUCUUGCGCAUUUUCAAAGUCGUGGGUGUGUCGGACGAGUCGAAGAAGUGGAUUGAAGACCCAGCAAACCGCCUCUGCGACGCCCCCGGGUCGUGGUACUGCACAGGCCAGUACCCCCCGGCGCUGGCCGACACCCUUGCCAAGCGCAAGUCCUUCAAGCAAAUCGAAGACUUCAACAUUGCCCAGGACGAAAAGUCCAAGAAGUACCAUGAAGAGUACCUCAACCGCAUGGAAGGCAAGGCGGCGUCGGCGAAAAGCGGAGCGGUCCCUGUCUCGGAUGACGACGAAGACGAAGCGAGUCCGCUGCCGCCGACCAAGAUGGUGGGCUGCUACGGCACCGAGAACAGCUUUGAACAAAAGACUUACGUGGGCGGCCAGUCGGGCGCGUACUACGGCCAUGCUCUCCAUCACGCGGUCGAAGCCAAGGCCAAGUACUUUGCGAUCGCACGUGGCGACCAUGAUGGCCACUCGUUUGUGUUUCACAAGCUCAAGUCGACCGGCAAAUGGAAACACUCGAAGGACUGCGAGCGACCGUGCUUGGACGAUGGCUCCAAGGCGUGCGGGUGCAUGGACGGCGCGUGCACGGAGCCCAAGAUGGACGGCGAGGAACACAACCGUCGCUGGAUCGUGUACGAAGUGUUGAAGAUGUAAUCGAGCUAGGUUUCAAGCACAUUUU